AUGGGCUUCAGUAUCUGUGUGUGUUCACACCCUGGGCUGAGGGUGUUAACGGGGUUCCUAGUGGAGGACGCACCACACAGAGGUGAGUGACACAGUGGCUUCCUGUCACUGUUAAAAGCCUACAGCCUCACAGGAGGAAACCAAACCCACCAGUGUACUUCUGAAGAAAAGGUUCACAACAGUAACCAUACUUUUAAGAGUGUCUAUUGAAGGAGAGGAGAUCAGGCUGCUAAGAUGGAUGUUUUGCAGGCCUGGAAGGUGUAAACUGGACCAUAUGGACUCUGGAAUAUCAAGUAAGGUUGUUUUUUUCACUCUAUUGGAAACCAAUGCUCACUAAGGUACUUUAGGUUAAUGGAAACUGAUGAAGAAAUGAUAAAUGUUCUUCAUAGCUUUAAGUGCCAGCAAAACAUCUUCACUUGCAGCUACUACAUGAAGAAGUUCUAUGUGUAGUAGAUUCAUGCCCUCAGUUGUUUUCAUUUGAACAGUGCAACAUGCAAUAAUCAAUAGUUUGGUGCAUUAACAAACCAAUCAAUCAAUCAAUAUUGUUUAUUGCUUUUCUACCAUGUCCCUCUUGUCUUCACCUGUAGGUUCUCUCUCCAGCAUGUCGACGACCCCGUCCAUCCCCGGUACCCCUGGUCGACCCCCCCUCCAGGCUCCUCUCGGCCCUGCUCUGGUCCAGUUCCAGCUAGGCCUCUUCAGGGAGGUGGUGCGGGUGUCUCAGGGGCAGCUCAGCUACUGUCAUACCAAGAGACUGGCAGAAGAGACCAUCAAACGCAAGGUCAACCCAUAAACCUACAUACAGUCACCUCCCAAAUUAUUGGCACCUUUGAUAAAGAUGAGCACAAAAGACUAUAAAAUAAAUAAUACAAAUUCUGAGCUAUAUUGUAUGCUCAAAAUAAAUGAGAACAUUUUAUUAUUUUAAACGAAUACAAUUGCUCAGAAAAAUUGAUUUUGUUUAACAAGUAACCAUUUUUUUUCUCAAAACGAAAGGUGUAAAGGUUAUUGCUACUGCUAAAGAUUCUUAGAGAUAAAAUCAAGCAAAAUUAAAUCUGCAUUAAUGUUCUACCUUUUUUAAGGAACUGUAUUGUGGCCUUCCAUGGUUUCCUGUGCCACUGGGGUAUAAAAAUGAGGUAACACACGUAAAAUCAAUUUGUCAUCUAUCACCAUGGGGAAAGCAGUGGUGUAAAGUACUUAAGUAAAAAUACUUUAAAGUACUACUUAAGUCAUUUUUUGGAGUAUCUGUACUUUACUUUACUAUUAAUAUGUUUGACUACUUUUAUUUCACUACAUUCCUAAAGAAAAUAAUGUACUUUUUACUCCAUACAUUUUCCCUGACACCCAAAAGUACUUGUUACAUUUUGAAUGCUUAGCAGGACAGAAAAUGGUCCAAUUCACACUUAUCAAGAGAACAUCCCUUGUUAUCCCUAAUGCCUCUGAUCUGGCGGACUCACUAAACACAAAUGCUUUGUUGGAGUGUGCCCCUGGCUAUCCGUAAAUGCAUUUUGUAUUUAUUUUACUGUGCCGUCUGGUCUGCUUAAUAUAAGGAAUUUUUCAUUAUUCCUACUUUUACUUUUACUUUUACUUUUAAUCAAUUACAUUAACUUUUGAUACUUAAGUAUAUUUAAAACCAAAUACUUUUAGACUUUUACUCAAGUAGUAUUUUACUGGGUGAUUUUCACUUUUACUUGAGUCAUUUUCUAUUAAGGGAUCUAUUAAAAGUAUGACUUGUUAAACAAAAUCUCUUUCUCUGACCAAUUGUAUUAGUAUAAAAUAAUAUAAUUUUCUACUUUUUUGGAGCAUAAAAUAUAGCUCAGUAUAUAUAUUAUUUAUUUUAUGCAAUAUUUUUUACUCAUCUUUAACAAGGGUGCCAAUAAUUUUGGAGGUGACGGUAUAUACACCUGAGUGUACAAAACAUUAGGAACACCUUCCUAAUAUUGAGUUGCACCCCCUUUUGCCCUCAGAACAGCCUCAAUUUGUAAGGGCAUGGACUCUACAAGGUGUUGAAAGCGUUCCACAGGGAUGCUGGCCCAUGUUGACCUCCAUGCUUCCCACAGUUGUGUCAAGUUGUCUGGAUGUCCUUUGGGUGGUGGACCAUUCUUGAUACACACAGGAAACUGUUGAGCUUGAAAAACCCAGCAGCAUUACAGUUCUUGACACAAACCGGUGCGCCUGGCAUCCACUACCAUACCCCGUUUAAAGGCACUUAAAUAUUUUGUGUUGCUCAUUCACCCUCCGAAUGGCACAAAUACACAAUCCAUGUCUCAAUUGCCUCAAGGCAUAAAAAUGAUUGUUAUUUAACCUGUCUCCUCCCCUUCAUCUACAGGGAUUUAAGUGGAUUUAACAAUUGACAUCAAUAAGGGAUCAUAGCUUUCACCUAGAUUAAACUGGUAAAUCUAUGUCAUGGAAAGAGCAGGUGUUCCUAAUGUUUUGUGUGUGUUUUAUGUUAGCCAACUACUCUGACUAUCAUUGUGAUACCAUACAGGGGCUAAAAUCGUUCUCUUUUGUGCUCUCUAUCUCUCUCUUUCUGUCUCUUUCUCUCUGUUUCUCUCUCUCCCCUCUCUGUCUCUGUUAAUUCAAUUCAGUAUACUUUAUUGACAUGGAAAGUAAACACUUACAUUGUCAAAGUAAAUAUAUAGCGACGAUGGUCGAAGACCAUCAUAUACUUGACUGUUUGUAAUUAAGCAAUAAUAACAAUAAUCAUACUCAUAUCAACAGCAAUGCAAACACAUAACAAUAAGGAAUAGGCAAAUAUGAAUAAUCACACUCUACUUCUCACUGGCUGUCCUUCAGGUGGUGGGAGGAGGCCACACAUUUGGCUGCUAAAACACAGCAUUUUGUCACAGUUUGACAGAAAAUACAACUCUGUCUCUAUCUCUUCCUGGGGGCAGAAUGAGCACAGCCUGUCCUCUCUGAGCAGCCAGGUUUACCUGUGACGACCGGUCUAUGGCCAGGCUGUGCUCACUGAGUCCAUACAUACAUUUAGUUUGUGUUUUCCUCAGUUUUCUAUCCGUCACAGUGGUCAAAUAGCAUUGAAGUUUACUUAGAUUUUUUGUGGUUUCUUUCCAAUAGGUGAUAUAUUUUUUAUUUUUGCUUGAUGAUAAUGUUGUUGGGCCAGAUUGUGUGAGUGCCUGAGGCUUUGUUGGGUUAGUGGUUAGUGAACCAAGCCUCAGAACCAGCUGGCUGAGGGGACUAUUAUAACAUUUGGUGUCUCUUUUUAGGAUAUUAAUCAGAAAAGGGAAUUGGCCUAAUUCUGCUCUGCAUGCGUUUUUUUGAGUUUUUCUCUGUACUCUGAGGAUGCUCUUACAGAAUUCCACAUACAGGGUUUCAGUUGGGUGUUUGUCCCAUUUGUCAAAAUCUUAUUUUGUAAACGGAUCCCACACUUCACUGCCAUAAAGUGCAAUUGGUUCUAUUAUAGAUUUAUAGAUUUAUUAUUGUUUCCAUUGAACAUGCCACACAAAUAAAGGCAGUUUCAUUAAUUAUAUGAAGAGUGCCUUGGUUCUCCUUUCUUUUGGAUGGUUCUAUUAUUGAGUUGAAUAUUUUGAGCCAGAUCCUAAUUGGUUUAAUUUAAUAGAUAUUUGAAUGGCAUAGAAAGCCCUCCUUGCUUUGUCUUUCAGUUCAUUCACGGCCAGGUUGAAGUUCCCUGUGGAGCUGAUUUUUAGUCCCAAAUAUGUGUAGAUGUGUGUAUGUUCUAUAUGAGUGGAGCCCAGUAAAAAUAUCGGUUUCCCUGACAUCUGGAUCUUUUCUGGAAUAUCAUCAUUUUUGUCUUUUUGAGAUUGACUGUCAGGGCCCAGGUCUGACAGAACUGUUGCAGAUGAUCUAAUUGUUCCUGUAAACCCUCUUCUGUGGGGGACAGUAGCACCAGGUCAUCUGCAUACAAGAGGCAUUUUAUUUCUGUGUUGUUAAGAGUGAGACCGGGGGCUGUUGUUCUAGUGUUUACGCCAAUUCAUUCAUGUAUAUAUGAAUAAAUAGACUUAAGUUCUAGUUGUUCCCCUGUUUCACUCCGCACCCUUAGGAAAAUACAUUUGUAUGUUUAUUUCCAAUUUUAACUGCGCAUUUGUUAUUGAUUUGAUGACAUCUGAUGUUUUUCCACACACACCACUUUCAAUUAAUUUGAAAAAAAUGUCUUCAUGCCAAAUUGGAUUUCCACAAAGCAGGAGAAAGUGUUUGUUUUGUUUUGAUUCACAUGUUUAUCAAUUAGAGUGUUUAGGGUAUAAAUACAAUCUGAUGUUCGAAACAUUUGGUAGGAAUGCUUGCUCAGGACAUUGUGUUCAUUGAGAAAGUGAAAGAAUCUGCUUUUCAUGAAGGUGCAGAAUAUUUUCGCCAGGUUGCUGUUGACACAAAUGUCAUGGUAAUUGUUUGGAUGAAAUUAGUCAUUUAAAAAAAAUCUAUUGGUGUUCCAGAUGUCAGGGAAAUAGCCUACACUCAAAACUUUGUUAAAUAGUUUGAGUAUGGCAGUGCUACAUUUGUGGUCUGUGUAUUAUAUCAUUUUGUUCAAUAUUCCGUCAGUACCACAAGUUUUUCUGACUUUCAGGGCCUGUAUUUUUUCCAAUAGUUAUUUUUGUGUGACUGGGGAAUCCAAUGGGUUCUGGUUGUCUUUAAUGGCUGAUUCAAGAAUUUGCAGUUUAUCAUAGAUUUAUUUUUGUUCUGAAUUCAUUUCAAUAUGUCUAUAUAGUUCUUUAAAGUGAGUGUUCCAUAGGUCAUUUUGGAUUGGCAAUUUUUCUCAGUGUGGUUUUAUUUGUAGAGUUCCAAUUUUCCGAGAAGUUGUUUGAAUCAAAUGAUUCCUCAAUUUUAUUAAGUUGGUGUCUAAUGUGUGGUUCUUUGUUCUGAGAGUCAGUUUGUAUUCUUUUAGGGUUGUCCAAUACUGAAGGCGCAGAUCCUGGUGGUCUGGUUCCCUAUAUUUUUGGUUGGAUAGAUUUUUACCUUUUUUUCUUAUGGAUUUGCAAUCAUAAUCAAUCAAUUUUUCAUAAUUGUCUUUUUUGAAUAGUUUUUUGGUGUCUUUUUAAAAUUGGAUAAGGAUGUGUCCCAAAAAUGUGCUUAUGUUUUGUACAACCAAAUGUACACCUUCCUUACUGUGAUGAUAUGUGUGGACCAGGUUUCUGCUAGUUUUCCAUGCUAUUCUUAGUCCAUCUAUAGGACUCAUUGGUCUUGUGUAAUUUACUGGGCUCUUCUCCCUUCUGGUUUGUUUCUGCCCUUUUUAGAUAUGCUGUAAUUUUGCUAUGGUCUGACAGUGGUGUUAGUGGGCUGACUGUGAAUGCUCUGUAAGCCACUGGAUCUAAGUCUACAGUACUACUGCCAAGAGGUGAGCUGUAUGUAUGUGUACCUCCCAAAAGAGUCCCCUCGUAGCCUUCCAUUGACUAUGUACAGACCCAGCGUUCCACAGAGCUGCAGUAGUUGGUUCCCAUUUCUGUUGUUUUUAUCAAAGUUCUUCAUGGGGGGAUAUGAGGGCAGAGGAUGUUUGUAGGUAUGUGUUUGUCCCCAUGUGUGCUAAUAGUAUCUGGUUCUUCUCCAGUUCUAGUAUUAAGAUCCCCACAGAUCAGAACAUUUCCUUGGGCCUGGAAAUGAUUGAUCUCCUCUUCUAGAUUGCUUUAUGCCUCUCUCCCAUGUCAAUAUGCCUUGCUUAUUGCUGUUUCGGUUAUUUCUUAUUGUACUAUUUCAAUGUAGAUCCCCCAGCCAAGCUCAACCUGCCUUAGAUAGCUCCUUUGUCCCACCCCCCAUACACGCGGAGACCGACUCAAUCGGUGCCUCCAGCUAUGCUAUCUCUUUCAUCGUUACCCAACGCUUAGGUUUACCUCCACUGUACUCAUAUCCUUCCAUAUUCUUGUCUGUACAUAAUGCGCUGAAUCUAUUCUACAACGCCUGGAAAUCUGCCCCUUUUUUUCUCUGUACCCAACGCACUAGAAGACCAGUACUUAAAGCCUUUAGCCGUAUCCUUAUUCUACUCCUCCUCUGUUCCACUGGUGAUGCAGAGGUUAACCCAGGCCCUGUAGCCCCCAGUAUCACUCCUACUCCCCAGGCGUUAUCAUUUGCUGAUGUCUGUAACCGUAAAAGCCUUGGUUUCUUGCACGUUAACAUCCGAAGCCUAAUCCCUAAGUUUGAGUUAUUCACUGCGUUAGCACACUCCGCCAACCCUGAUGUUCUAGCAGUGUCUGAAUCCUGGCUUAGGAAAAAAUUCAGAAAUGUCCAUCCCCAACUACAACAUUUUCCGUCUCGAUAGAACUGCCAAAGGGGGUGGGGUUGCAAUCUACUGUAGAGAUAGCUUGCAGAGCUCUAUCGUGCUAUCCAGGUCUGUGCCCAAACAGUUUGAGCUUCUACUUCUAAAAAUCCACCUUUCCAGAAAUAAGUCUCUCACUGUUGCCGCUUGCUACAGACCCCCCUCAGCCCCGAGCUGUGCCCUGGACACCAUAUGUGAACUGAUUGCCCCCCAUCUAUCCUCAUGCCCCCCAUCUAUCCUCAGAGUUCGUACUGCUUGGUGACCUAAACUGGGAUAUUCUUAACACCCCGGCCAACCUACAAUCUAAACUAGAUGCCCUCAAUCUCACACAAAUUAUCAACGAACCUACCAGGUACAACCCUAAAUCUGUAAACAUGGGCACCCUCAUAGAUAUCAUCCUGACAAAUGUACCCUCUAAAUACACCUCCGCUGUCUUCAACCAGGAUCUCAGAGAUCACUGCCUUAUUGCCUGCGUCCGUAAUGGGUCCGCGGUCAAAAGACCACCCCUCAUCACUGUCAAACGCUCCCUAAAACACUUUAGUGAGCAGGCUUUUUUAAUUGACCUGGCCCGGGUAUCCUGGAUGGAUAUUGACCUCAUUCCGUCAGUAGAGGAUGCCUGGUUGUUCUUUAAAAGUGCUUUCCUCUCAAUCUUAAAUAAGCAUGCCCCAUUCAAAAAAUUCAGAACUAAGAACAGAUAUAGCCCCUGGUUCUCCUCAGACUUGACUGCCCUUGACCAGCACAAAAACAUCCUGUGGCGUAUUGCAUUAGCAUCGAACAGCCCCCGCGAUAUGCAACUUUUCAGGGAAGUCAGGAACCAAUAUACACAAUCAGUUAGGAAAGCAAAGGCUAGCUUUUUCAAACUGAAAUUUGCAUCCUGUAGCACUAACUCCAAAACGUUUUGGGACACUGUAAAGUCCAUGAAAAAUAAGAGCACCUCCUCCCAACUGCCCACUGCACUGAGGCUAGAAAACACUGUCACCACCGAUAAAUCUACAAUAAUCGAGAAUUUCAACAAGCAUUUUGCUAUGGCUGGCCAUGCUUUCCACCUGGCUACCACUACCCCGGCCACCAGCUCUGCACCCUCCGCUGCAACUUGCCCAUGAUGCCCCCCCCCCCAGCUGAUGUUCUGAAAGAGCUGAAAAAUCUGGACCCCUACAAAUCAGCUGGGCUAGACAAUCUGGACCCUUUCUUUCUAACUUCUAAUUGUCUCAACCCCUAUUACUAGCCUGUUCAACCUCUCUUUCGUAACGUCUGAGAUCCCCAGAGAUUGAAAAGCUGCCGCGGUCAUCCCCCUUCAACUGUUACAGACCUAUAUCCAUCCUGCCCUGCCUUUCGAAAGUAUUUGAAAGCCAAGUUAACAAACAGAUCACCGACCAUAUUGAAUCCCACCGUACCUUCUCCGCUAUGCAAUCCGGUUUCCGAGCUGGUCAUGGGUGCACCUCAGCCACAUUCAAGGUCCUAAACGAUAUUAUAACCGCGAUCGAUAAAAGACAGUACUGCGCAGCCGCCUUCAUCGACCUGGCCAAGGCUUUCGACUCUGUCAACCACCGCAUUCUUAUUGGCAGACUAAAUAGCCUUGGUUUCUCUAAUGACUGCCUCGCCUGGUUCACCAACUACUUCUCAGAUAGAGUUCAAUGUGUCAAAUCGGAGGGCCUGUUGUCUGGACCUCUGGCUGUCUCUAUGGGGGUGUCACAGGGUUCAAUUCUCGGGCCGACUCUAUUCUCUGUGUAUAUCAAUGAUGUCGCUCUUGCUGCUGGUGACGCUCGGAUCCACCUCUAUGCGGACGACACCAUUUUGUAUACAUCUGGCCCUUCAUUGGACACUGUGUUAACAAACCUCCAAACGAACUUCAACGCCAUACAACACUCCUUCCGUAGCCUCCAACUGCUCUUAAACACUAGUAAAACUAAAUGCAUGCUCUUCAACCGAACGCUGCUUGCACCCGCCCACCCGACUAGAAUCACUACUCUCGGCGGGUCUGACCUAGAGUAUGUGGACAACUACAAAUACCUAGGUGUCUGGUUAGACUGUAAACUCUCCUUCCAGACUCACAUUAAGCAUCUCCAAUCAAAAGUUAGAUCUAAAAUCGGCUUCCUAUUUCGCAACAAAGCCUCCUUCACUCAUGCUGCCAAACAUGCCCUCGUAAAACUGACUAUCCUACCGAUCCUUGACUUCGGCGAUGUCAUUUACAAAAUAGCCUCCAACACUCAACUCAGCAAAUUGGAUGUAGUCUAUCACAGUGCCAUCCAUUUUGUCACCAAAGCCCCAUAUACUACCCACCAUUGUGACCUGUACGCUCUUGUUGGCUGGCCCUCACUACAUAUUCGUUGCCAAACCCACUGGCUCCAGGUCAUCUAUAAAUCACUGCUAGGCAAAUCCCCGUCUUAUCUUAGCUCACUGGUCACCAUAGCAACACCCACCCGUAGGCUACGCUCCAGCAGGUAUAUCUCACUUGUCAUCCCCAAAGCCAACACCUCCUUUGGCCGCCAUUCCUUCCAGUUCUCUGCUGCCAAUGACUGGAACUGCAAAAAUCUCUGAAGCUGGAAAUUCUUAUCUCCCUCACUAACUUUAAGCGUCAGUUGUCAGUGCAGCUUACGAUCACUGCACCUGUACACAGUCAUUCUGAAAUUAGCCCACCCAACUACCUCAUCCCCAUAUUGUUAUUUAUUUUUGCUAAUUUACACCCCAGUAUCUCUAUUUGCACAUCAUCUUUUGCACAUCUAUCAUUCCAGUGUUAAUUACGAAAUUGUAACUAUUUUUGCACUAUGUCCUAUUUAUUUAUUGCCUUACCUCCAUAACUUACUACAUUCGCACACACUGUAUAUAUAUUUUCUGUUGUAUUUUUGACUUUAUGUUUUGUUUACCCCAUAUGUAACUCUAUGUUGUUGUUUUUAUCGCACUGCUUUGCUUUAUCUUGGCCAGGUCGCAGUUGUAAAUGAGAACUUGUUCUCAACUGGCGUACCUGGUUAAAUAAAGGUGAAAUAAAAAUGUAUAAAAAAGAGAAGCUCUCUUCCUUGUAGUGAGGGGAUUCUGAUGGAGUAUAUAUGUAGCUCACACAAAUACAUUUUGGUCAGUGGAGAUGAGAAACAUUUCUCUCUCUCUCCCCCUGUCUCCCCCCCUCCUCUCUCUCUCUCUCUUCCUAUCUCCCCCCCUUCUCUGUCUCUCUCUCUCCCUUCUCUCUCUCUCUCUCUCCUCCAUCUCUCUUUCUCCCCUCUCUCACUCUCCCCUCUCUCACUCUGUAUCUUGUCUCUCUCCGUCUCUCUCUCCCUUCUCUCUAACUCUCCCCCCUUUCUCUCUCUCUCUCCCCCCUCUCUCUCUCUCUCUCUCUCUCCCCCCCCCCCCCCCCCCCCCCCCUCUCUCUCUCUCUCUCUGUCUCUACCACACCUUAGUGAGAGAUGGCCAUGUUACUUCAUCAGCCAGAGGGGCUGCCGUGUGGUUGCUGUGGGUAGCUAACUUUCCAACCACAGCCUUCCACACACACACACAGACACAUACAUCCGUGCCUGUCUCGCUCAAAUCAGCCCACUUUCCUUUGAUCUUCUGACUGUUUCCAGGCAGCAGGUCAACUGGCCUGUGUAGUCUUUGUGUGAGAACUUGUAUGUCUAUAGGAACAAACACACAAACCAACCCACACUCACACUUGUUUCCAUCUGAUUUGAAUAUCUAAUGACAACGACAGCCCUCACAUUGUUCCAUGACCAGUCUCUCGCUCUAUAAUGGCCUGCCCCUCACUCAACGCCAACUGUCUGUCUGCUUUUGAAGAAACUUUCGAUGAUGCUAAUCAGGACGAAAGACCUCCUCUAUAAUCUCACAGUCUCUCCUGCUCUGCCUUGAUUGAUCGAUCAACCGAUUUAUAGAUUUAUUGACUAACUGAUUGAUCUUGUCCCUACCUGUGUACUGCAGGCUCCAGACUGUAGUGUGGUGGGUGUUGGGGAGAAGGUCCUCCUGUUCAGACACCAGACAGGCUCAGAACACCUCCUCCACAGACUCACGGACCAGGAUGCACUGCUGGACGGUGACCUCAUAGAGAUCAUCCUCUCAGGUCAGACCGGGGUCGCGUCCCAAAUGGCACCCUAUUCCCUUUGUAGUGCACUACUUUUGACCGGGGCCCACAUAUGGUUCAUUGAAUGUACUGAAAUGUACUACUUUAAGUGUCCAGAUAAAGUGAUAGAAUAUCUGCUCUUUCUGAUCUGACUUAGGAUCAGCUACUCUGACGGAGAUAAAGAUCCGCCCACACUCCCUGGCUGUCCAAUCAUAUCGCACCCCUACCUUCUGUCAUCACUGUGGGGAGAUGCUGUGGGGGCUGGUACGUCAAGGGUUAAAAUGUGAAGGUAAGGAAGUAGAUACAGUAAUACUUUAUCCUUUACAGUACCAGUCAAAAGUUAGGACACACCUACUCAUUCCAGGGUUUUUCUUUAUUUCUGACUAUACAGAAGAUAGCCCUAUUUGGUAAAAGACCAAGUCCAUAUUAUGGAAAGAACAGCUCAAAUAAGCAAAGAGAAAUGACAGUCCAUCAUUAUUUUAAGACAUGAAGUUCAGUCAAUACGGAACAUUUCAAGAACUUUGAACGUUUCUUCAAGUGCAGUCGCAAAAACCAUCAAGCGCUAUGAUGAAACUGGCUCUCAUGAGGACCGCGACAGGAAUGGAAGACCCAGAGUUAACUCUGCUGCAGAGGAUAAGUUCAUUAGAGUUACCAGUCUCAGAAAUUGCAGCCCAAAUAAAUGCUUCACAGAGUUCAAGUAACAGACACAUCUCAACAUCAACUGUUCAGAGGGGACUGUGUGAAUCAGGCUUUCAUGGUCGAAUUGCUGCAAAGAAACCACUACCAAAGGACACCAAUAAGAAGAAGAGACCUGCUUGGGCCAAGAAACACGAGCGAUGGACAUUAGACCGGUGGAAACUUGUCCUUUGGUCUGGAGUCCAAAUUGGAGAUUUUUGGUUCCAACCACCGUGUCUUUGUGAGACGCGGUGUGGUUGAACGGAUGAUCUCUGCAUGUGUAUUUCCCACCUUAAAGCAUGGAGGAGGAGGUGUUAUGGUGUGGGGGUGCUUUGCUGGUGACACUCUCUGUGAUUUAUAUAAAAUUCAAGGCACACUUAACCAGCAUGGCUACCACAGCAUUCUGCAGCGAUACAUCAUCCCAUCUGGUUUGGGCUUAUCAUUUGUUUUUCAACAUGACAAUGAUCCAACACACCUCCAGGCUGUGUAAGGGCUAUUUUACCAAGAAGGAGAGUGAUGGAGUGCUGCAUCAGAUGACUUGGCCUCCACAAUCCCCCGACCUCAACCCAAUUGAGAUGGUUUGGGAUGAGUCGGACCGCAGAGUGAAGGAAAAGCAGCCAACAAGUGCUCAGCAUAUGUGGGAACUCCUUCAAGACUGUUGGAAAAGCAUUCCAGGUGAAGCUGGUUGAGAGAAUGCAAAGAGUGUGCAAAGCUGUCAUCAAGGCAAAGGGUGGCUAUUUGAAGAUUCUAAAACAUAAAAUAUACUUUGAUUUGUUUAACACUUUUUUUGUUUACUACAUGAUUCCAUAUGUGUUAUUUCAUAGUUUUUAUGUCUUCACUAUUAUUCUACAAUGUAAAAAUAAGGAAAAACCCUUGAAUGAGUAGGUGUCAAAACCUUUGACUGGUAGUGUAUAUCAUGUCAUUAAUCACUGUAAGAAACGUCACUAUUUAUUUCAUGUUGAAUUGUGUUGAAUUCUUCGUCGUAAUACAAUUUUACCUAAAUCGAUUUUCCAAUUCUCCGAUUUUGUCUUAAUUAUGUCUCACAUCUCCCCCCCCCCCCUCUUCUCUGUAGGUUGCGGGUUAGAUUUUCAUAAGCGGUGUGCGCUGAAGUUGCCUAGUGACUGUAGCCGUGCACGGCGUCGUGUGUGUGGCACCAGCCUGUCCUUAUUCCCCCCUGGCAGGCCCCGGACACACUCCCUCUCCACACCUGCAGGGGGCAGUAUGGAGGAGGUCAGCACCACUCAUUAUGGUUUGAAUCCUAACUGCCAAAUGUUCACUUAGUCAUGCAUUGAUGUCAAUGGGAGUUAAUGGAAGUAAAGAUUUGCCCAUUUAUUCUGAAUGCAGUGCAGCUGUUCCACUAUUUUAAAGUGACAUUUAUGUGUGUGAUUCUAAAAUCUGACAUGAACUCUUUCUGUUAUUCUCUCUCUCCCUCCCUCCCUCUCUCUCUCUCUCUCUCUCUCUCUCUCUCUCUCUCUCUCUCUCUCUCUCUCUCUCUCUCUCUCUCUCUCUCUCUCCCUCUCGCCCCCUCUCUCCAUUUCCCCCUCUCUCCCUCUCCCUCUUACCCCUCUCUCCCUCUCCCUCUUACCCCUCUCUCCCUCUUCCCCUCCCCCUCUAGAUCAGUAUGUCCAAGCCCAGGUCCAGACCUCCGUCGUGGGCAGAUCACCCGGUGUGGCUGGGAGUGAGCCAGGGAAAGGGUGACGUGACGGGCAGGGCCAGGGUGCCACACACCUUCCACAUCCACAGCUACACCAAGCCCACCGUGUGCCAACACUGCUACCACCUCCUCAAGGGUCUGUUCCGCCAGGGCCUGCAGUGCUCCGGUGAGAGGGGCCAGAGGUCAGGGGUCGAUGGUCAUACUUCAGAUGGGGAGGGUGGUCAUGGGGGUACUAAAUACAUGUAUGAUGCUUUUUCUAAUCAUACGUUUCUGAAGCAGGUAUGUCAAUCACUUGGUCAGAUUAUACAUCUUGUGUUACAGCUGUGUCAGUAGUCUAUGUUCUGAUGUUGACCUCUCUCUCUCUCUCUCUCUCUCCCUCCCUCCCUCCCUCCAGACUGUAAGCUGAACUGCCAUCGUCGCUGUGAGUCCUCCCUUGUCCCCGCCGACUGUCCUGGAGAGAGGAGGAACACCAAUGGGGAAGGAGGUGAGAUACAAUGACAAACCCAUGAACAUAAUGGCCGUAAAUGUCAAAGCUAUUGCUAAUGCUUUCAAGAUUAAAGAAAAAACUGCAAAUGUAACUGACUGUGUACUAUAUUUACUUGUUCAAUGACAGUUUAGUAUUGUGGUUUAGUAUUGUAGUUUAGUAUUGAUGUAGUAAAGGAUGUCACACAGACUCAGUGUCCAGCCUGGGCUAUAAGGAUGACACAGAGGAGGAUAUGAGCUGCAGUAUGACAUCACUAGAAGACCAUGAUGACGAGCCAUCUACUGAGGACCCAUUCGCUGAAAUCAAGGAGGUGGGACACCAGCCACCAAUCACGUAAGAGGGAUAAAAAAUGCUGGGCUAUGAUACGAUGUAAAGUUCAGUUUCCAUUUUGAGUUUUGAUGAUUAUUUACUUAUGAUAAGAGUAUGUAGUACAUGAGUGUCUGUCAUUGAAGUUGUAACUGAAGUUGUAAUAGUUCUCUCCCUCUUUCAUCCCUCCCUUCCUUCCUCUCUCUUAUUUCUUCCCUCUCUCCCUCCAUCCCUCCCUCUCUCCCAGUCCGUGUUUCAGUAGUUAUAUUCCCCUGAUGCGGUUGGUCCAGUCAGUUCGUCACACUAAGAGACGGGCCAGUGGAAUCCUGAGAGAGGGCUGGCUACUGCAUCACACCAACACCGACACACUGGUGAGAACACACACACACACACACAGACAGCUGACAAAAAAUUUGCCCGCGCUGAAGACAUCUAUAUCGGUCCAUUAAUACAGGACCAGUAAAGGCCCAGUGCACUACUUUUGUGAAAAAAUGUAAACUACAUGUAUUUGAGUGUUUACCAGCAUCUGUAACUUGAGUCUGAUAAUUAUCUUUACAAAACACUUAAUCUGAUAAUACUUUUGGAAUAUAAAAAUAUUUGCUUGUUUUCCAGUUUCUUGAAUUACUUUGCAAAUCCAACUUAUUUCUGUUAAAACUGAAAUGGUCUAUUCAUUCCUUUUACUACACACUCUUAUCCAGAGUAACUUACAGUAGUGAGUGAAUACAUUUUCAUACUGGUCCCCUGUGGGAUUUGAACCCUCAACCCUAGUGUUGCAAGCACCAUGCUCUACCAACUGAGCCAUGUCAUCACACAUCAUCACAAACCACUUGAUGUCUCAAUGUACUCAAUUACUGUAUUGUGCAUUGUUUUUCUUCAUGGUGAUGGAAAGUCUACAGGUACAAACCUAGAUGACCAGCCUAUGUACAAUACAGUAAUGUACAUUUACAUUAAGUGGUUUGUAAGGAUAGUAAGUUAAUACUGCACAAAAAGUGGUUGUUUUCCAUGUUAUUUGAUCAAGAAAAAUAUUUAAUUUGAUGUGGAUGUUUUGUGUCUUUGCCCAUAACUGUACCUUUUGAUGUAAAUGUUUGAGGACAGGGUUUUGUUCUUUCUGGAUUCCAUUAGAAUGACAAUUGCAGAGAAAGGGACAGGGCAACAACUCUUACAAUUCCAACUACUGAAUUCCUGCAAUAUACUAUUCUUAAUUAUACAGCUACCUUUUUGGCCAAAGCGGAGAUGCUGAAAAAAAUGUUUUGCCCGUGCUACAGAUGUCAAUAUUGGUCCGCUAAUACUAACUAGUAAAGGCCAGUGCACUACUUUUGUGAUUAUUAUUUUCUUCUCAAAAAAUAUAUAUUUAAUUUUUAUUCUGAUUUUUCAGGGGGUGCUGCAGGACCCUCAGCACCCCUACUUCCCGCGGCUAUGCACACACACACAAACACACACACACACACACACACACACACACACACACAGAGAGAGAGAACACUUAUACCAUACUUUCCUAUUGUGUCUGUCAGAGGAAACGUCAUUACUGGAUAUUGGACUCGAAGAAUAUCACUCUGUAUCAGAAUGAGACCAGCACCAAGUACUACAAGGUAGGUUACAUGGGAUGAAAGGUUCAUCUAGCAUUUACCAAACCAAUGCCAGUCACAGUCACCUCAACAUGACAGUACUAACCUCUAGUGGCCAAAUAGAAUAUCAACAUCAACAAAUAUGUUUUUUUUUCUGUCCUUUAUCCCAUGUCUCACCCUUUCCCUUACAUUUUCAUCCAUUCUCCUUACCCUCUUCCUUUCUCACCCUCCCUCUCUAGGAGCUUCCUCUAUCUAACGUGCUGCAGGUGCGAGGCCCCGCCCAGCUGUCUGGCCCCAUGUUGCCAGGCAACAGUGCCUACUCGUUCGAGGUGGUGACGGUCACGCUGGUAUACAGUGUGCUGGCGGGCAGCGACGGGCAGGCCUGGGAGACCGCUGUACGCCAGGCUCUGAUGCCCGUCCAGAGCAGCGGGCAGGCAGGCAAACAGGGACAGGGUGAGUCAGAGAGGUAGCUAGCAUGUUUGGACUGUGGUAGAAGUGUAGUCAAAGACAGUACAGUAUGAAGACAGGCAGAAUCCCCGAUCACACUUGUGAUGGCGACGUUGGCUAGCUAAGCUCAUGUGCAGGAACAUGUCAUCGGGUCUAACGGUCGUCUCGCUCCGAACUGCGCAUGGACAGUCCGUCGAAUAUAAAGUUGUUGAUGAAAAAGAAAACGUUAGUUUGUCACUUUCACGAAGUUGGAGUAGUAACAUCAGUGUUGCCAGGUGAAGCAAAAAUGUAUAGCCCAAUGUCCACUGAAAACCUGCCAAUAAGGCCUGAAAACUAGCCCAUUCUUUUUCAGAAGCAAGGGAGGAGUUUGCACAUUUAUCCAAAGGUGUCUCCAUAAUGACAAUCUAAAUACUUAUGGUCAAAUUGCUUCUCCGCAUUUCUCCCUUUGUUAUUGGUUCAUCACACCAAGUGAUUUAAUCUGAACUAUAGAAGUCAUUGAUAGUAAAUGGUUAAGAGGUAUAUUUUUUUCAGAAAACAUUCUUGUGAAAUGGUUUUAACACAAUGUUAAUCAUUGUGAAAUAGUGUUAAAACAAGUCACAUUGUUCUAAAAUAACCAUAUUCCUUUAAACUGGAGUAUAAAAUCUAAAAGCCCCAACAGUUUGCUUUUUGGCUUCUUUUAUUUCAUGUAAUUUAAUGUGUUAUAAGUACUCACCAAAACAGUAGUGCUGGUUUGGUAGUAGCCCUCCAUCUUGACGAUAAGGUGAUCCCAAUACAAGUUGGUGCUGCUGCUGCAAUUACCCAUAUUUACAUUUACAUUUUGGUCAUUUAGCAGACACUCUUAUCCAUAUGUUGCUCUACAGAGAGUAGAGGAAAAGACAGAUAUAUCAUCUAUUCAAAUGUAUCAUGAGGGACGAGUUAGAUAAACAGGGGGAAUGAGACACUACCGACAGAUGACUGAAGGAAGUGUGUAUGUGUUGUGCUCACCCACAAAUUGCUGGGUUAGGCCAACCAGGAGCCCCACUACCAGAUUGAAGCCAUUUCUUGGACUUUAGGGGACCCUCAGCAACAAGGUUCCAGCCAGUGAGGGGCCAAAGGAGGUACAUGCUGGUGAUCCCCAUACAAGUUGGUGCAGCUGCCAUUCCCCAUCACCACAUAACAGAGACAGAGAGUAGAGGAACAGACAGAGAUAGAUGUCAAUGGGCAAUUUAUUGUCAUCAAGAAACUUGAACAAGGCAUUGGCAAUGGUCAGUGAAGCACCAGCUGGAAUGUUGAUUAUUCCUCCAAAUGUGCUUCUGAUUUGAGAUCGUUUCUUACUGUUGUAUCUUAUCACCAAACAAAGUUGCUUCUUGGUGGUGACAUCAGUACUUUCAUCAAUAAUCAAUGAGUAAGACUCAUUCCCAAUGUCCUUUAUUCGUUCCUCAUGCACUGCAGGCCCUGUAACUGCAUUUAUGAGAUCUGUGCAUUGUGUUCUGUGGAUAUUGAUUCCUUUCUUAGCAAUGUCUUCAACAACACAUCCCAGAUGAUCUACAGUUGCAAUGCUGGAGUGGCAUGCAAUAUGUGCAGCCAUCUGUAACUCUGAUCGUUUAACUAUGUUAUUAUCUCUUACAGAUGUAGUUCCUGUGUCAAACAAUGUUCUUGCAUUAGAAAAUGGAGCAGCAUUUAUCUGGUGUUUCUCCGUUUGUGCAUGAGAAAUAAGAUUGGCGUGGUGGGCUCACAUUGCUGAUUUGAGAUAACGUUACCUACAGUAAGCUUUUCUGUCAUUUCCUUGGAUGCUUUUAAUCCAUUCCAUUAUACCCCGUUCUCUUUCCCAGUCUUUGCAAUAUUUUCGCCAAUUUUUCGCCCAUUUACCUGGCAUUCUGAACAGUAGAAUCGUGUCUAGCCAGUAGACUAGCUGUCAAAUCGGUUCGUUCCUCUGUCUUCACCUCUGCACGUUACUCCCUCUCUCUGACUUCAACUUUUUGGCCAAUGUUAGCUAGCUAGCUACAUACCCAGAGGAAGCACAUUGUUCGAUCGUCUCUCAGAAACGUUUGGAUUAUUAUUGAUCAGUUUCUCUCUCUUGCUGUGUUGGCUGUAAUGAUUGGUUGGACUAGGGGCGCUCAGGAUACAAAGAAUGAAGCAAAGAAGAAUUUUGAGGGAGAAGUAUGUAGCUAGCUAGCGCUGCUGUUCGUUGUUGAAUCUCACAUCUCACUGCCUCCCUUCCAAUGACUGUACAUGAAGCUCCUUCCCCGCCACCACUCACUAACUCGCAACAGCAGCCUGCCUCACUGCCUGAUAAUCAGCAGCAGGUCACAGUGAAAUGAAUAGAUCAUUAAAAAAAGAGAAAUGCCACGUUGCAAUUUAGAAGUAGCCCAAAAACCCUCAACCAAUACAUUUUCGCCCGCGACAUCGUUUUCAAAGUAGAAAAAUGUACAGGAACACCGCGAACAUGGCAACCCUGAAUAACAUGUUCAACUACUUAAGACAUUGGAAUCGAGGUCAUGCCUUUAGAUUUCGAGAAAACGAACGAAGAAUUUGUCACUUCUCUCAACGGCCGUGUUCUAGAGCAUCAAAACGACUGGAAAUCACCUCAUCAUAAAUAACGACUCAUUAUUAUUUGUAGAUCAGUCAGUCAGUCACAAUUUAUCCAUGAUACAUUGCAGUUUUGAACACGGCCUAUUGACCCCAAACCCCGCCUGGUCUGCUUUGUUUCGCAAAUAAUCCCAGAAGUCUCACAAUGUUGCACCUCUGGGUUUAGAAACUCUAUGGUGUAGUAUUGUUCUGAGACAUGCCAAUGAGUGACAUCAGAGUAAUGUAUUUAGAGAGUUUGGUCAUUGAGGUUUCUGUCUGAACACUCUGAGUGCCUCUGCGCUCUGACUCUCCUCCAUGGCAUCCUGUGUCAAUGUUGGCCAAACUCUCCAUAUCUCUGAGUGACAUGCCAAGGGAUGGUCUCUCAGUAAAGCUGGCAUCAUAAUGUAUGUUAGACUUAGUUUAUGUUCAUGUCCAUGCUCAUAUUCCUUAGCAAUGGUGAGAAUGACAAUUGGUGCUUUUGAUCAAAGAAUACUCUUUCUGUUAUAGACCAUGGACCCCAGAGUGGAGAGAAACCGGUAAGUGGGAGGGCUAGGUGGGAGGGGUAAGUAGGAGGGGUAAGUGGGAGGGUUUAGUAGGAGGGGUUAGUGGUAGGGGUACGUGUUAGGGGUAAAUAUGAUGGGUAAGUAGGAGAGGUAAGUAGGAGAGUAAGUAGGAGAGGUUAGUGGGAGGGAUAAGUAGGAGGGUUAGUAGGAGGGGUAAGUAGAAGGGUAAGUAGGAAGGUAAAUGGGAGAGGUUAGUGGGAGGGGUAAGUAGGGGAAUAAGUAGGAGUGGUUAGUAGGAGGGUGGUGGGUGGGUAAUGGAUCUAUAUUGUGUAUGAACUCUCAAGUCUCAUUGGUUUUGACUGAAAUGGAUAGAUGAGGAAAUAACACUGUAUUUGUGUGUUGGGCACAUGUGUAUUUAUGUUUGUGUGUUGGGCACGUGUGUAUUUAUGUUUGUGUGUGUGUGGAUUUCAGGACGUCAGUUCAGUCUAUCAGAUCUUCACUGAUGAGGUGCUUGGUUCAGGACAGUUUGGAGUGGUGUAUAGAGGUGGGUAUGAUAUCACUCUAGAUAUGAUACGUUACACUAGAAGAGAUACUUUCUAUACCAUUACCUGUUAGGAGCAUUGAGUUUCUUCUAUUUAGAUUAUAUAGGGUAUUAUCCUUGUAUUAGGCUAGCUGAGAGUUGUCACGAUCGUCGUAGGAGUGAGUAGACCAAGGCGCAGCGUGUGAAACAAACAUGACUUUAUUUAAUUAAAGUACUAACAAAACACGACUCGUGAAGUCCACGGUUAACAAUACCGACACGGAACAAAAACCUACAAACACAAAGUGAAACACAGACAGUUAAAUAUGGCUCCCAAUCAGAGACAACCAGCCGACAGCUGACACUCGUUGCCUCUGAUUGGGAGUCACACAGGCAAACAUAGAAACAGACAACCUAGAACACCCAAACAAAGAAACAGAACACAAUGAAUGAACACACCCUGGCUCAACAUAUAGAGUCCCAGAGCCAGGGUGUGACAGUACCCCCCCCUAAAGGCGCGGACUGCGACCGCGCCUAAAUACGAGCAAAACAGGGGAGGGCUGGGUGGGCAUACCUCCUCGGCGGCGGUUCUGGCUCCGGCCUUGCCCACCACCCUCCAACAAACCCCCCAUAGCGCCCCUGGUCCGGUCUGGCCCCGCUGGCUGGAGCUGGACUGGACGUAGCAGGGGCGGUAGGCUUCAGCUCCUUAGUGGAGCAGUUGAGCGGUACCUGAAUUGGCACCGAUGACCCAGGCACGGGUUGUGCCGGACUAGGCUUGAUGCGUGGAGCAGCGACGGGCCUUACCAGGCUGACGACUCGUACCCCGGGCUUGGUGCGAGUAGCAGGAACGGGCUGAACCAGGCUGACGACUCGCACCCCUGGCUUGGUGCGAGUGGCAGGAACGGGCUGGACCAGGCUGACGACUCGCACCCCUGGCUUGGUGCGAGUGGCAGGAACGGGCUGGACCAGGCUGACGACGCACACCGUAGGCUUGGUGCGUGGAGCAGGGACAGGCCGGGCUGGGCUGUCGACGCACACCGUAGGCUUGGUGCGUGGAGCAGGGACAGGCCGGACAGGGCUGGCGACGCACACCGUAGGCUUGGUGCGUGGAGCAGGAACAGGCCGGACUGGGCUGGCGACGCACACCGUAGGCUUGGUGCGUGGAGCAGGGACAGGCCGGACUGGGCUAUGGAGACUGAUAGGAGACCUGGAGUGAAGAGCUGCCACAACCCGUCCUGGCUGAAUGCCUACCUUCACACACUCUGUGUGAGGCAUCAGCACAGGACGUACAGGGCUGUGUACCCGUACUGGCAUAACAGCACGUGACACUGGCGCAGGAUAUCCGGGACCGAGGAGAGGCACUGGAGGCCACGAGCGCUGAGCCGGCACACUCCGUCCUGGCUGCAUGCCCACCUUCGCACAACACGUGCGGGGUGCUCGCACAGGACGUACCGGACUAUGCCGGACCACUCGUGGCACAGUGCGCAGCUCCGCAUACCGCGGAACCUGCCCAGUCUCAUGCUGCCAUGCCUGAGUACGGGGAGUUGGCUCUGCUCUCCAUCCAGGCUCCGCCAACCUGCCUUCUGGCCCCCAAAACCCGGUGGCCUCCUCUCCUAAUCUCCCAAUUCGCCCUGUGGCAGCCUCCUGCUGCCCAGUCGCCCAUGCCGUGUGCCCCCCCCUAAAAAAUUAUUGGGGGUGCCUCUCGCCUGUCCGACCACGGCCCGGUUGACGCCGCUUCUCCACUCCUGCCUGGAUCUCCCCCUUCAUCGCCUUCCGGUACCGGACGGCCUCCUCCUUCGUAAUCUGCCCCCAGCCGAGGAGGACAUCCACCAGCGUUACCUCCUGCGUGUGUUCCUGGACACGCUGCUUGGUCCUGGUUUGGUGGGUUUUUCUGUCACGAUCGUCGUAGGAGUGAGUAGACCAAGGCGCAGCGUGUGAAACAAACAUGACUUUAUUUAAUUAAAGUACUAACAAAACACGACUCGUGAAGUCCACGGUUAACAAUACCGACACGGAACAAAAACCCACAAACACAAAGUGAAACACAGACAGUUAAAUAUGGCUCCCAAUCAGAGACAACCAGCCGACAGCUGACACUCGUUGCCUCUGAUUGGGAGUCACACAGGCAAACAUAGAAACAGACAACCUAGAACACCCAAACAAAGAAACAGAACACAAUGAAUGAACACACCCUGGCUCAACAUAUAGAGUCCCAGAGCCAGGGUGUGACAAGAGUCUUCUCUCGUCCCCAGGCACCCACAGACAGUCUGGUCGCCCAGUGGCCAUCAAGGUCAUCGACAAAACCCGUUUCCCUACCAAACAGGAGAGACAGUUGAGGAACGAGCAUGCAAUUCUACAGGUGAAGGUUCUAGAUCUGUGUGAUUGUAUUACAUUUCUAUUAUAGGGAGUUACAGUAUUUGAAAUGAACAUCCAUCCCGUGUGUGUGUGUGUGUAUGUGUAUAUGUGUGUUUGUGUGUGUCCAGAAUCUGUCCCACCUGGGUGUAGUUCUACUGGAGGGAAUGUUUGAGACUCUGGAGCAUGUUUUCGUUGUCAUGGAGAAGCUCCAUGGAGACAUGCUGGAGAUGAUUCUGUCCAAUGAGAAGGGGCGACUGCCAGAGCGCACAACACGCUUCCUGGUUACGCAGGUACUGGUCACGUAGCAAUGGAACACUGAUUAUUUCUUCAACAGUCUGCAGUACUGAAGCAGUUCUUCUGGUGAAAUGUAAUACUUGCCUGUCAUCAUUUGCUGCAUAUGCCACUCUCUGUAAAAUCACCUCAAAGAUUCCAUUGAUUCUGAAAUCAGUUGAUUUUGAUUCCUUGUUGACUCACAUACUAUUGUGUGUGUGUGUGUGUGUGUGUGUGUGUGUAGAUUCUAGAGGCCCUGCGAUAUCUGCACUUCAAACACAUCGCUCACUGUGAUCUUAAACCUGAGAAUGUGCUGCUGGCUUCCCCAGACCCCUUCCCUCAGGUUGGUGUGUGUGUGUGUGUGUGUGUGUGUGUGUGUGUGCGGGCAUGCAUGUGUGUGUACACUUGUCAAUCUCCCUCAGUUUGUCUGUGAGACUGUCUACUUGGUUAAUAAUCCUUCCAACAUCAGACUUUACAGUGACUCCUCUCCUUCCUCUCAGGUAAAGCUGUGUGACUUUGGCUUCGCCCGCAUAAUCGGCGAGAAGUCUUUCCGCCGCUCAGUGGUGGGCACGCAGGCCUACCUGGCGCCCGAGGUCAUCAGUAGCCAUGGUUACAACCGCUCGCUGGACAUGUGGGCUGUGGGCGUGGUCCUGUACGUCAGCCUGAGUGGAACAUUCCCCUUAAACGAGGAUGAGGACAUCGGUCAGCAGAUCACCAACGCUACCUUCAUGUACCCACGCCUGCCCUGGUCUAACAUCUCACUAGAGGGUAAGUCUGUACCCCUGUCUGCCCUGGUCUAACAUCUCACUAGAGGGUAAGUCUGUACCCCUGUCUGCCCUGGUCUAACAUCUCACUAGAGGGUAAGUCUAUACCCCUGUCUGCCCUGGUCUAACAUCUCACUAGAGGGUAAGUCUGUACCCCUGUCUGCCCUGGUCUAACAUCUCACUAGAGGGUAAGUCUGUACCCCGCCUGCCCUGGUCUAACAUCUCACUAGAGGGUAAGUCUGUACCCCUUCCUGCCCUGGUCUAACAUCUCACUAGAGGGUAAGUCUGUACCCCUGUCUGCCCUGGUCUAACAUCUCACUAGAGGGUAAGUCUGUACCCCGCCUGCCCUGGUCUAACAUCUCACUAGAGGGUAAGUCUGUACCCCUGUCUGCCCUGGUCUAACAUCUCACUAGAGGGUAAGUCUGUACCCCUGUCUGCCCUGGUCUAACAUCUCACUAGAGGGUAAGUCUGUACCCCUGUCUGCCCUGGUCUAACAUCUCACUAGAGGGUAAGUCUGUACCCCGCCUGCCCUGGUCUAACAUCUCACUAGAGGGUAAGUCUGUACCCCUACCUGUCCUGGUCUAACAUCUCACUAGAGGGUAAGUCUGUACCCCACCUGCCCUGGUCUAACAUCUCACUAGAGGGUAAGUCUGUACCCCGCCUGCCCUGGUCUAACAUCUCACUAGAGGGUAAGUCUGUACCCCUGUCUGCCCUGGUCUAACAUCUCACUAGAGGGUAAGUCUGUACCCCGCCUGCCCUGGUCUAACAUCUCACUAGAGGGUAAGUCUGUACCCCUGUCUGCCCUGGUCUAACAUCUCACUAGAGGGUAAGUCUGUACCCCUGUCUGCCCUGGUCUAACAUCUCACUAGAGGGUAAGUCUGUACCCCGCCUGCCCUGGUCUAACAUCUCACUAGAGGGUAAGUCUGUACCCCUGUCUGCCCUGGUCUAACAUCUCACUAGAGGGUAAGUCUGUACCUCUGUCUUCCCUGGUCUAACAUCUCACUAGAGGGUAAGUCUGUACCCCGCCUGCCCUGGUCUAACAUCUCACUAGAGGGUAAGUCUGUACCCCGCCUGCCCUGGUCUAACAUCUCACUAGAGGGUAAGUCUGUACCCCGCCUGCCCUGGUCUAACAUCUCACUAGAGGGUAAGUCUGUACCCCGCCUGCCCUGGUCUAACAUCUCACUAGAGGGUAAGUCUGUACCCCGCCUGCCCUGGUCUAACAUCUCACUAGAGGGUAAGUCUGUACCCCUGUCUGCCCUGGUCUAACAUCUCACUAGAGGGUAAGUCUGUACCCUGCCUGGCUAACAUCUCACUAGAGGGUAAGUCUGUAUCCCGCCUGCCCUGGUCUAACAUCUCACUAGAGGGUAAGUCUGUACCCUGUCUGCCCUGGUCUAACAUCUCACUAGAGGGUAAGUCUGUACCCCUGUCUGCCCUGGUCUAACAUCUCACUAGAGGGUAAGUCUAUACCCCUGUCUGCCCUGGUCUAACAUCUCACUAGAGGGUAAGUCUGUACCCCGCCUGCCCUGGUCUAACAUCUCACUAGAGGGUAAGUCUGUACCCCUGUCUGCCCUGGUCUAACAUCUCACUAGAGGGUGAGCAGGAUUCCCCCUAGUGUUUUGGUCUGAGGGGAGCAGAGGCCAAUGAAUCAGCAUUCAGGGAUGACAAAAACAAAAUUUUCUCUUCCAUAGCCCUGGGCUAACAUUGCAUCUCUCUCUCUCUCUCUCUCUCUCUCUCUCUCUCUCUCUCUCUCUCUCUCUCUCUCUCUCUCUCUCUCUCUCUCUCUCUCUGUCUCUCUCUGUCGCUCUAUAUCUCUCUCUCUCUUUCCAUCUCUGUAGCAGUGAGUCUGAUCAACAACCUGCUCCAGGUGUCAGUGAGACGUAGGUUCAGUGUGGGGAAGGCCCUGGGACACCCCUGGCUACAGGUAAGAGUCCUCAACCUGUAUGAAUGGACAAUCACUGACAGGCUGGGGGGUGCCAAGGGAAAAUGUAAGAUACUCUUUGAAGAGGUAGGGUUUCAGAUGUUUUCAGAAGAUGGGCAGGGACUGCUGUUCUAGCGUCAGGGCAAAGCUUGUUCCACCAUUGGUGUACCAGGACAGAGAAGGUAGCCAUACCUCUAACACUUACCCUAACCCCAACCCUUGUCCUAACUCUUAACCAUAGCCCUAACCUUAACCAUGACCUUAACUACCAGGACUUCCAGUUGUGGUGUGACCUGAGGGAGUUUGAGCAGAGGAUGGGCUGCCAGUACCUGACCCAUGAGGGAGACGAGGACCGCUGGAGACACCACGCCCAGGAGAGGGGCCUGGUCUUCCCCUGUCACCUCCCAUGGACCCCCCCGCACGACCACAGCCAAAGGUGAAAGGUCAAGGGCCGGACAAGAUGGCUACUGUUGUAUUUUAGUGGUCAUCAGCAAAAACAGAAGAAAUUCUGAUGAACUGCUAAAGAAGCACACAAAGACGAUGCUUUUUUUAUGGACAAAAGUCUUUAAAGUCUUAAAAAGAUAUGAUUACUAUGAUUUUUUGCAAUGAUACUCCUAUACUGCCCGCGUCUGAGUGAUGGAAGCGGGGAGAACAGGCCGUGACUCAAGUGGCUGAAAUCCUUGAUGAUCUUCUUGGUCUUCCUGUGACACCUGGUGUUGUAGGUGUCCUGGAGGGCACAAUGGUGCGUUCGGCUGAGCGUGCCACCCUCUGUAGAGCCUUGCGGUCGUGAUGCAGCCCGACAGUAUGCUCUCGAUACCCCUGUCCACCUGAUGGUGCUGUUCACCGAACAAUAAACAGCAUUGCUAAUCUCUUGACUCGACACUCAGUAACUUGGUUCAUUUUUUAUUACAUAUUUGAAAAUGUAUGGUGUUUAAAAUCUUCUAUCAAUAGUGAAAAUAGAUAAAUUAUCUGAUGCUACUGUUUAGGGGGUUAAUAAUAAAGUUUUUAAAAGCGUUUAAAUCUAGGUUGUCUCUCUCUUUCUCUCUCUCUCCUCCCUCCUUCCCUCUGACCCCUCCCACACACUCUUCUGAGAAAACGAAACGGAUCAGUCUCAUCUCUCUCCUGAGGAGUCAUGCCGAUAGGGGGCACAGAUUUGUACUGUUUAAAUGUUGUAUUUUAUUUUGUUGUUGUUUCUCUGUAAUAAUACUAGCCAACUAGCAAUUUUCUGAAGUUUAAUUUAGCUAGCCCAGAUAGGUUCCCAAUCUCCCAACCUCAGAACUAGCUACCAAGAAGCCAUUUCUAGAGUAGCUAACUUGUCGAACUAUAGUAUAUUAGCUGGCAUGGCUGCUGGCAAGGUUGGUAGACUUUAGAAAAACAAGCAAUAACUAAAUGUACUGAAUAAUUCCUUUCAAUCAAUUACCCAGAUUUUAGCAGAGAUGCAGAGAAGCAUAGUAAGUUUAUUUAAAAAGAGAACCACCAGUCAGGAGGAUACAGACUGCUCAAGAGGUAUGCUUAAAUAUGGCAAAAAAUUGACAUAUUAUAAAAAUAUAAUUAAACAUAACGAGCGUGGCUCUAGAUUGCAGGAAAAAGCAGAUUCAGGUGUUUGAAAAAUGCAAGUUUCUCCAACUUCCGGACUGGCGGCCUAGCUCCCUCUGGACUUCCCUCAAGCCUCCUCACAUACUUUGUUCCCCCUCAGAUUUUUGGGGUGCAAGACGCCUCUGUCUAUCUGUCCGUCUCUCUCUUUGUGUCUGUCUGUAUGUCACUCUCUCUCUCGCUCUCUCUCUCAGACAUGUUUGUGCUUUUGCCUACUCCAUUGUCAUUAUCUAUCCAAACAUGUUUUCCAUGAUAAUUCCAUAAUGAGUUGGCAAGAUAGCAGAAACAGACUGUCAUCCAGGCUACUCUAACCCCGCCCCUCUGGCAGAACCACUCCCACCAGAACCACUCCCACACUCUCUUAUGAGGAAACUAAACUGAUCAGUCUCUGUGUUGUCUGUCUGUGUGAGAGUGAACAACAGUCCAAAUGGCUCAACAAGGAACUCUGCUGAACCAGGACCAGCUCUGUUGUUGUUCUAUCUGACUGGAUCUACUGAAGGAGCCGGUCUCCAUCCCCUGUGGACACAGUUACUGUAGCAGCUGUAUUGAGGGCUGCUGGGAUCAGGAGGAUCUGAAGGGGGUCUACAGCUGCCCUCAGUGCAGAAAAACCUUCACUCCAAGGCCUACUUUGAUGAAAAAUAACUGAGAUGGUGGAGAAACUGAAGAAGACAGGACUCCAGGCUGCUCCCCCUCCUGCUCUGUGCUAUGCUGGACCUGGAGAUGUGGCCUGUGAUUUCUGCACUGGGACCAGAAAGCAGAAAGCCCUCAUGUCCUGUAUGAUGUGUCUGGUGUCUUACUGUGAGACUCACCUCCAACCUCACUAUGAAAUUCCUGGACUAAAGAAGCACAAGCUGGUCAAAGCCACCACACAACUGCAGGAGAAGAUCUGCUCUCAUCAUGACAAACUGCUGGAGGUUUACUGUCGUACUGAUCAGCAGUGUAUCUGUCUACUGUGUGUGAUGGAUGAACAUAAAGGUCAUGAUACAGGAGUGGUCCUCUGUAGCUCAGCUGGUAGAGCACGGCGCUUGUAACGCCAAGGUAGUGGGUUCGAUCCCCGGGACCACCCAUACACAAAAAUGUAUGCACGCAUGACUGUAAUCGCUUUGGAUAAAAGCGUCUGCUAAAUGGCAUAUUAUUUAUAUUAUUAUUAUUAUACAGUGUCAGCUGCAGCAGAGAGGACUGAGAAACAGGUAAGACCAGAACAACUUGUUGGAGAUUAACAAAUAUGUAAAGAUACAAUGGGAAGGCUGUUUGAAUAUGAGAGAAACAUAUGUAGUUAGUUAUUCACAUGAAAAAGAUUCUCCAAAAGAUUCUCCAAAUGUAUCACCAUUAAAUGAAGGUUAAAAUAAAAAAUUAAAAUAAAGUUGUUGUCGUCAAACACCAUCAUCAAAGUUCAGUCAAAGCUCGAUGAGACGUACUGUAACGCUAUAAUCAUAUACAGUAUUUAACAACAUAGAUAAUGACUUUUAAAGAGACUUCCAAAGAGACUGCCCUAUUCUCUAUGGGCCCUAUGCCAUUAGCUGUAUGUUUGUAAGGAUAUUACCAUACUAUUGGACUAUUGGCCGUGCAAUAUGGUAUCAUAGUAUUUUGACAUAAAAACAUUGACAUCAGUGUAGGUUGAUAGCUAAAUGAAGAGGUAUCUCCACAGAGGCAGCUGGGGAUGAGUCAGCAGAAGUUCCAGCAGAGAGUCCAGGAGAGAGAGAAGGUUCUGAAGGAGCUCAAACAGGUUGAGGAGUCUCUCAAGGUGAGUAUUAUUAUUAUUGAUCAGAGGAGACGCAAAAUGUCACUUCCCUCCUCCAGUAAAUGAGAGAGAGGCCACUCUUUAAUCCGACUGAGGGGAACAGGGCUCUGAGUAAGAGAGUGAAUAGACUGCUUAACAUGGACCCUUCUCUCGCUCUUUCAAUUCAAUUUAAGGGCUUUAUUGGCAUGGGAAACAGUAGGCAGUAGGCAAGGAUGGUGAAACAAGGAUCUUUACUGGUGGUCCAAAAGCCAGGAUACAAAACAACGGACUAUACACAAAAACAAAUGAGGAGCACAUAGGUCUCCAAAAAACAGGCUGACAGCAAACAAUACGAAAUACUCAUUCUGACUGGAAAAACACAAUGACUUCUCGAGGACCUGUAACUCCAUCACGUGAUCCGGCACUGAUACGUACUGCUUGAUAUCAAGGAACUAGCAGACAAAACUGAGCAAGGGAAGUGAGGGCAUAAAUAAACAGGUGAAUCAGAUAGCCACAGGUGACACCAAUAGGCAGAUAAUUAGUCACGACUGUGAGUGAGGAGGUGCCUAUGGUUGUCGGAGGAUGACACCUAGUGGGUCACUCCGGAACUGCGACCCACUCCUGUAAUUAGAACAUGGCUUUUUUGGCAGGAAAUUGUUGUUUUGGCAGACGGUUGUUGGGGUUGGUCCUGUGUUCUCCCAGGCGUCCUUUCCCCCUUGCAGCAGGUGUGGGAUGUGGGUGCGUUUGCACGCUCGGCCCAUUUCCUCCGCAGUCAACCAUGUGGUGUGCAUUUUUGUGUUUGGAAAGGUGCGGUGUUAAUUGAGUGAGAGGGGAAAUGGUUGCAUAUCCUAGAGCCGACGGGUGUCUAUGAGCAGGGGUAGUGAGAGAGAACUUUCAAUUUUGUGUAGAUGAGGGAUAUACAUUUUUAAAUAUAGUAUACAUCUAAUCAAAUUUUGUAAUGUCCUAUCAUGAUGGAAAGAUCCCCAACCCUAUAUCCUGGACACCCACCUGAGUGACCCAUACACCAAAGAGAAGUUCCCAUCUCUUUUAUGGACCUGCUGUGAGUAUGCAGCCUAAACAGAGAAAUAAAUGCGGUCAGAGACCUACUUGAGCAGCACAGCCCCCUCAAGAUUCUGAGCCUGCCUGGCAGGGUUGGUCCUACAAAGCUAGAGCCCCCUGAUUGGAGAGCAUUAUAAACAAGGAAAUUCUCAAAGCUGCUAAUGAGAACCUUGACGACCUUUUACUUAGCCGGUGGGGAUUCCGGUGGGGUACCCCCACCCAGGUAGUGGCAGUGCUGGCAACACUGGCUGCAAUAACCCAUGGGGAGGGGGUCACACUCGGACAAUCAGAGAGGGGGUUUAUCAUUGUGGCACAAAAUAAUCAAAGGUCUGACUGCACGGAGAUGCUUGGGAAAAAUGGUUACAACGGGGGACCAGAGUGUUUGUGUCUCAGGUGAAGAGGGUGGAUCUGAUCUCCAUCACGUAGGACUUGACAUAGAUUAAGUAGAUUAAUCAAAUCUGACAUUGUUGUCAAUUUCUGCUCAAUCUUGCAUGCUUUCUCAUCAGCUGUAACUGUAUGUUACAACUCGUAAAUCAGGUCCUUUCUUGAGUUGGGCUCUGGGAUAUACAGGGGGAAAAAAAAGUAUUUAGUCAGCCAACAAUUGUGCAAGUUCUCCCACUUAAAAAGAUGAGAGAGGCCUGUAAUUUCAUCAUAGGUACACUCAACUAUGACAGACAAAAUGAGAACAAUAAAAUCCAGAAAAUCACAUUGUAGGUAUUUUUAAUGAAUUUAUUUGCAAAUUAUGGUGGAAAAUAAGUAUUUGGUCAAUAACAAAAGGUUUCUCAAUACUUUGUUCAUAUACCCUUUGUUGGCAAUGACCACAGGUCAAACGUUUUUUGUAAAGUCUUCACAAGGUUUUCAAACAACUGUAUGCUGGAUUUUGGCCCAUUCUCAAUGCAGAUCUCCUUCUAGAGCAGUGAUGUUUUGGGGCCUGCUCGCGCUGGGCAACACGGACUUUCAAAUCCCAUCCAAAGAUUUUUCUAUAGGGGUUGAGAUCUGGAGACUGGCUAGGCCACUCCAGGACCUUGAAAUGCUUCUUACGAAGCCACUCCUUCGUUGCCAGGGCGGUGUGUUUGGGAUCAUUGUCAUGCUGAAAGACCCAGCCACGUUUCAUCUUCAAUGCCCUUGCUGAUGGAAAGAGGUUUUCACUCAAAAUCUCAGAAUAUAACUUUUUGGUAAAAACUCAACUCGUCGUGAUUGGAGGACAAAGAAUGCUGAGUUGCAUCCAAAGAACACCAUACCUACUGUGAAGCAUGGGGGUGGAAACAUCAUGCUUUGGGGCUGUUUUUCUGCAAAGGGACCAGGACGACUGAUCCGUGUAAAGGAAAGAAUGAAUGGGGCCAUGUAUCGUGAGAUUUUGAGUGAAAACCUCCUUCCAUCAGCAAGGGCAUUGAAGAUGAAACGUGGCUGGGUCUUUCAGCAUGACAAUGAUCCCAAACACACCGCCCGGGCAACGAAGGAGUGGCUUCGUAAGAAGCAUUUCAAGGUCCUGGAGUGGCCUAGCCAGUCUCCAGAUCUCAACCCCAUAGAAAAUCUUUGGAGGGAGUUGAAAGUCUGUGUUGCCUAGCGACAGCCCCAAAACAUCACUGCUCUAGAGGAGAUCUGCAUGGAGGAAUGGGCCAAAAUACCAGCAACAGUGUGUGAAAACCUUGUGAAGACUUACAGAAAACAUUUGACCUGUGUCAUUGCCAACAAAGGUUAUAUAACAAAGUAUUGAGAAACUUUUGUUAUUGACCAAAUACUUAUUUUCCACCAUAAUUUGCAAAUAAAUUCAUUAAAAAUCCUACAAUGUGAUUUUCUGGAUUUUCUCAUUUUGUCUGUCAUAGUUGACGUGUACCUAUGAUGAAAAUUACAGGCCUCUCUCAUCUUUUUAAGUGGGAGAACAUGCGCAAUUGGUGGCUGACUAAAUGCUUUUUUCCCCCCACUGUAUAUAUAUUUAGCAUUUUAAUGAGGGAAAUAAGUAUUUGACCCCCUCUCAAUCAGAAAGAUUUCUGGCUCCCAGGUGUCUUUUAUACAGGUAACAAGCUGAGAUUAGGAGCACACUUUUAAAGGGAGUGCUCCUAAUCUCAGUUUGUUACCUGUAUAAAAGACACCUGUCCACAGAAGCAAUCAAUCAAUCAGAUUCCAAACUCUCCACCAUGGCCAAGACCAAAGAGCUCUCCAAGGAUGUCAGGGACAAGAUUGUAGACCUACACAAGGCUGGAAUGGGCUACAAGACCAUCGCCAAGCAGCUUGGUGAGAAGGUGACAACAGUUGGUGCGAUUAUUGCAAAUGGAAUAAACACAAAAUAACUGUCAAUCCCCCUCGGCCUGGGGCUCCAUGCAAGAUCUUACCUCGUGGAGUUGCAAUGAUCAUGAGAACGGUGAGGAAUCAGCCCAGAACUACACGGGAGGAUCUUGUCAAUGAUCUCAAGGCAGCUGGGACUAUAGUCACCAAGAAAACAAUUGGUAACACACUACGCCGUGAAGGACUGAAAUCCUGCAGCACCCGCAAGGUCCCCCUGCUCAAGAAAGCACAUAUACAUGUCCGUCUGAAGUUUGCCAAUGAACAUCUGAAUGAUUCAGUGGAGAACUGGGUGAAAGUGUUGUGGUCAGAUGAGACCAAAAUCGAGCUCUUUGGCAUCAACUCAACUCGCCGUGUUUGGAGGAGGAGGAAUGCUGCCUAUGACCCCAAGAACACCAUCCCCACCAUCAAACAUAGAGGUGGAAACAUUAUGCUUUGUGGGUGUUUUUCUGCUAAGGGGACAGGACAACUUCACCGCAUCAAAGGGACGAUGGAUGGGACCAUGUACCGUCAAAUCUUGGGUGAGAACCUCCUUCCCUCAGCCAGGGCAUUGAAAAUGGGUUGUGGAUGGGUAUUCCAGCAUGACAAUGACCCAAAACACACGGCCAAGGCAACAAAGGAGUGGCUCAAGAAGAAGCACCUUAAUCCCAUAGAAAAUCUGUGGAGGGAGCUGAAGGUUCGAGUUGCCAAACGUCAACCUCGAAACCUUAAUGACUUGGAGAAGAUCUGCAAAGAGGAGUGGAACAAAAUCCCUCCUGAGAUGUGUGCAAACCUGGUGGCCAACUACAAGAAACGUCUGACCUCUGUGAUUGCCAACAAGGGUUUUUGCCACCAAGUACUAAGUCAUGUUUUGCAGAGGGGUCAAAUACUUAUUUCCCUCAUUAAAAUGCAAAUAAAUUUAUAAAAUUUUUGACAUGCGUUUUUCUGGAUUUUUUUGUUGUUAUUCUGUCUCUCACUGUUCAAAUAAACCUACCAUUAAAAUUAUAGACUGAUCAUGUCUUUGUCAGUGGGCAAACAUACAAAAUCAGCAGGGGAUCAAAUACUUUUUCCCCUCACUGUAUGUAUAUAAAAAAACAUGGGGAUUGGAAGUGAUGCAGACAAUUACAUUGAUGGAAGUUACAAUAUAUCUGCAAUAUUAUGCUGACCUACCCCCCUGAAAAAAAAAGAAAAAAAAAGAAAAGGCAUCUCUGGAGUUGGGGUUUUGGUUCCGGCUCGCUAGCACCCCUCCCGAUACCAGCGAGCCCUCCCAUUUUCCCGGCUUCUACGGGCAUGAGUCGCCGUGGUGACCUGCGUGGCCGCAGUACCGGAAACGUCCCUGCGGCAGACGCCUUUGCCUCUCUAUCCGGGACAAGCGCGCCGCACCCGGCAGCAUAGCCUCCUCCUGAGGCGUCUCCUCCCUGUAUUGAGCCUUGCGUCAUGCCUCUCUCGUACGCCCUCUCACGACGCCGAUUGUCCACCCGCACCGAGAGGUCGACGAGGCCGUCCAGUUGCUCAGGCAGUGCCCUGAAGGAGAGUUCAUCCUUCAUCCCCUCUGAUAGCCCCUGCGCGUACAGGAUCACCAGGGCGGCCUCCUCCCAUCCUGCCUCUCGAGCCCAGGUCCGGAACUCCACGGAGUAG